AUGAUGAUGAUGAUGAAGUUAAGCGCCGGGGCAGGCGGCGGCGGCGGCAGAAAUUCCUCCAGACACCGGAGCCGCCACAGGCCGGGGCAGGCGAAGGGGGGGGGAAGGGGGAAAGGGGGGCAGAGCGGCUCGGCUGGGCUCUCCCACCCCCUCCUAAAGCGACGCCGAGCACUGCGGAGGGAGGACGAGCCGGCCCCAAGGAGAAGGCUGGUGACGGGGGGAGGGAGGCGUUUUAAACCAGCCUGGGGGUGGGAAGGGGGGGGACGGAGGAGAGAGAGAGGAUGCGUCACGGCUGUUUGUGUGAGGAGAGGAGCGAGGAGGGAGGGGAAGAGGAGCCGCCGGGGCGAGAGAGGAGCCCCCGGCCGCAGGACGAGGGGGAGAGGGGGGAGAAAGCCCGCGGGGAAGUUCAGCGGCAGCGCUCCCUCCCCAGCAGCAACUCCAUUAGCGGCCGCCGCCGCCUCGGCUCCUCGCAGCCGCCUCCGCCCCCUCCUCACAGGAAAACUGGGCGGAAGCGUUACUUCAAGCUCCUUCCGCCACCACAGCUUGAUCCAAAAUAACCAAGGGGGAAAGGGAGGAGGGACAAGAGGGAAGAGCGAGGAAGAAAGCAACCCCCUCGCCCGGCGCCCGCCACCCUCCCCACGGCGCCCGGCGGCUGCCCUGCGCUCGAGUUCCCUGAAAGUAGUUCCCUCCCCCCCUCGGCGCUGCCUCACGCGCUUCCCGAGGAGCUGCCGCCGCACACGCACGCACGGCGACGCGGAGGGAUACGCGAGCUGCCCCAGCGUCGUUCUCCUUCCUGCUCCGAGGGCGCGGGGCAGGGAGCUCGGGGGGCGCCGCGGCAGUCCCUCCCGCCCCGGCAGGCCCUCCCGCCCCGGGCGCCGUCGGACCCGGCCUAAAGCGGGGGUGCAGGGCCAGCGGGACCGGCGGCCCUUGGUCGGCGCGGGGGGCGCAGACCCCUGGGUCCGCCGCCGUGGGCCGAGCCGGGGCGGGCGGCCCGGGGUGUGGCGGGAGCGGGCCUCUGGCGGAGAGGAGGCCCGGCUCGGCGGCGGCCUGCAGCGGCCGGGGGGCUCGGGGCGGUCGCGGCUGAGCGCCGGCGGGUCUCCAGGGGGCCGUGCCUGGGCGCCUCCCCCUGCGGGCUGCGUUUCCACUCCUGUACUUUUUGAAGCCGAACCCGCCGUUAACCUCCGUGUUCAACAGAAACGCGCCGGUAAAGAAGAUGGAGUGGCGAGCCAAGAAAUGCCAUCAUGUUAGCCUGGACCUGCUCUACCUGAAGUGAUGCCGUGUGAGGCUGUCACCCGUGUAGCACCUCUGAAGAUGGGGUGUGCAGCUCACCACCUCCCUUUGAGAGGGGAGCCCGUGUGUAGUUGGUACCUGAACUCUCUAAAUCUGGGAGCGGUUCUAAGCAGGUGAUGGCACGGGAGGGUGUAUGAAACCCUGACUCGGCCUCUGUCUCGAAACGCACACUGCUGUGGAAGUAUUCGUUGUUGAUCCAGGUAAGCAGUGAAAUCAAGAAGCAGCAGCAAGUGAACCCAAAUCCCUUUUCAGGAGCUUAGAUGGGAAAUGUGCUGCUUGGUCUGAUGGAAAAGUGGAGCAGUGUUGCAAACCCUGAGGACUCAAAAAUCAUGAGUCAGACCAUCAAGUAAAUUAGAUUAUAAUAAAAGAUUAUAUUGUGGUUUUGUCUGUCGGUUAGAUUUUGAUUUCUUCCUGCCUAGUCUUUGUAUGCGUGCUUGCCAACUGAUGCAUCUCAUUGUCCGAAAUUUAUGGAAUAAAAUAUUGUGAUGCUACUGUGAGAGACAUCACUUCCCUCAUGCACAUUCAUUAUCCCCGGCUUCUUGUGUACUUCCUCGCUUUUUCACAGCUGGUCUCCAACAGCCUUCUCUGUCAACUCUAAUCUUAGUUCAGUUUUUCCUGUAACUGCGGGAUUUCUUCCCAACUCUGGUGGUGUCAUAAGAGCAGUGAUGAGCUGUUCUUUCUUCCGGUUUGAAAAAGAUGGGGCAAGCUCCCUUGGCGGCAAUAACGUGUCCGAUUCCCACGCUACUGUUGGUUGGCUGCUUUUCCCAAGGAAGGGAGAGACUGGAACAUGGGAAAUCAGGAGAAGGAGUUUUCACCAUUUCAAGGGAACCUGGAGUGCCUCGUGUCAUCGUAUGCCAGACUACAAACUUGCAGCAUCUGUUUGAAUGCACAGAAGCAGGGCAGUACUGCAUUUAUUGAGGGUAUUUGUUAAGGAAAUUCUUCCUUUACGCCUAAGGUUCAAAGUACAAUUUGUCUACGGGUCUUAAUGGUGUCCAGAGAUUUUUCUUGAAGGCUUUUCCUUUUUUUUAUGUGAUUGAGAAUCACAGAUUCACAGAUUGGUAGGGGUUGGAAGGGACCUCUAGAGAUCAUCUAGUCCAACCCCCUGCUAGAGCAGGAUCACUUAGAGCAUGUUGCACGGGAUGGCGUCCAGGCGGGUUUUGAGUAUCUCCAGAGAAGGAGACUCCACAACCUCUCUGGGCAGCCUGUUCCAGUGCUCGGUCACCCUCACAGUGAAGAAGGUUUUCCUCAUAUUGAGAUGGAACCUCCUGUGUUCCAGUUUGUGCCUGUUGCUCCUUGUCCUGUCCCUGGGCAGCACUGAAAAGAGUCUGGCCCCUUCCUCUAGACAUCCACCCCUUAGAUAUUUAUAAGUAUUGAUGAGAUCCCCUCUCAGUCUUCUCCAGGCUAAACUGACCCAGCUCUCUCAGCCCUUCCUCAUACAAGAGAUAUUCAAGUCCCUUAAUCAUCUCUGUAGCCCUUCGCUGGACUCUCUCCAGUAGUUCCUUGUCUUUUGUGAACUGGGGAGCCCAAAACUGGGCACAAUAUUCAGAUGUGGCCUCACCAGGGCAGAGUAGAGGGGGAGGAUAGCCUCCCUCGACCUCCUGGCCAUGCUCUUAGUGCACCCCAGGAUACCAUUGGCCUUCUUGGCCACGGGGGCACAUUGCUGGCUCUCGGAAAGCUUGUUGUCCACCAGGACUCCCAGGUCCUUCUCCACAGCACUGCUUCCCAGCAGGUCAACCCCUAACCUGUACUGGUGUCUGGGGUUGUUCCUCCCUAGAUGCAGGACCCUACACUUGCUCUUAUUGAAUUUCAUUUGGUUCCUCUUCACCCAAUUCUCCAGUCUGUCCUGGUUUUGCUGAAUGGCAGUGCAGCCUUCUGGUGUGUUGGCCACUCCUCCCAGUUUUGCAUCAUCAGUGAAUUUGCUGAGGGUACACUCUGUCCUCUUGCCUGGGUCAUUGAUGUAUAUGUUGAGUAAGACUGGAUCCAGAACUGACCCCUGGGGCACACCACAAGAUACAGAACUAUAAGAAAAUGUUGCAGUGAGGAAAAAGCAUAUAGAGUUUCAGUCAGGUUUUUAUUUUGAGGGGUGGUUAGUUAAAGGAUUUUAAACAUAAAUUUAUUUUUAUCUUAUAGCAGGCAAGAAAAGGCGUGUUUUGUUUCUGGAUAGUUUAUAUUUAUUGCAAUAUUCCUAUGGAUCAAAAUUCCAUGUUUCUAUAAGAGGGCUCUACCAUAAGCAUAAUGAAGAGUGAUAGUACACUGGUCUCACGUUCUCUCUGAUAAAGGGCCUAUAACACGUUUCAAGAAGUACCCAUCUCAAACCUGCCCUCCUAAUGCUUGCUUCCUUAUCUGGGAAUCUUUUGGAGGAAAAUUUCCAAUUGUUUUGUAAAAA